AUGGACAUUAAAGUAGAGAAUGAAGGAUCUCAAACACAAACACAAACACAAACACCAGUUCAAGAAUAUCUACAGCCUCUUCUUGAUAACCCAUUGAUAGUACCAACCCAGAAACCAACAAAAACGCCAGCACAGAAAGCCAUUAGAAAAACCUUUAAAGGAACAGGACAUUUAGCUAAACUUCUCCCAACAGGUUCCGUUCUGGCGUUCCAGAUUCUAUCUCCAAUCCUGACACAUCAAGGACAAUGCCGCACCACCACUAGCAUGUCAUUGACAUUAGCCCUACUAACAACAUGUGCACUUUCUUGCUUUCUUUUAUGUUUAACCGAUAGUUUCCGAGAUGAAAGAGGCAAAGUCCGAUACGGGCUUGCUACGUUCAGAGGGUUGUGGGUUUUGGAUGGAUCGCUUAAACUAUCAGCAGAAGAGGCUGAAAGUUAUAAACUAAGGUUUAUAGAUUUCUUGCAUGCUUUUAUGUCUGCGUUGGUUUUUGGAGCAGUGGCAUUCUUUGAUAAAAAUGUCGUGAACUGUUUUUGUUCAAAUCCAAGUGAAGAGGUUAAGGAUUUACUUGUUGCUGUUCCUGUUGGAGUUGGGGUUGUUUGCAGUAUUUUGUUCCUUCGAUUUCCCACAAAACGCCAUGGAAUUGGCACUCCUCUAUCACGUCAAUAG